AACUCUGUCACAUCCCAAGCCGCUCCUACAAAUGCUCGCGGCUGUCAAUUAUGUUGUCAAACUGGUAUGUCUCGUACGCGAUGAGUUAUAAUGCAGCUGUGAACGAGAACACAGUCGAUUUAUAGAAGAAUUUCAAUUAAAAGCAUCGAAUAUGUGAAUACCUUGUAUUCGUACUUUAAAAAGCCUUUUAAAAAAACCUAUAGCCGUAAUAAUUUACAGCACCAAGGCAGGGAAUCCCAGGAGGAAUCUAAAAGUAUUUUUCAUCCAAAGUUUCCUUGUACGGAACAUAAAAGAGUGUCAAGGUACAAUGCUAGGGUUUCCAGCGACAGGUUUCAGUUUGCUUUUCCUGCUGCAUCUUGUUUGGGGCAGAGUGAUCUACAAUGCAAAUGAUGUGUUCCUAGAAGAGAAGUCCGCAGAUUCGUUUCUCUCCCGUAACCUGUUGUAUAACAGUUGGGAUUUUGAGCUAGUGGUGCCUGCCAAUCUAGAGAGAGAAUGUAUGGAGGAAAUAUGCUCAUAUGAAGAGGCCAGAGAAGUGUUUGAAGAUGACAAAAAGACGGCUACUUUUUGGAAAACAUAUGUCAGCAGUCACGAAUCUUCGCCCAGAGUGGAUGUGUCUGGUUUGGUAGCUGGCAUUGUGGCUAUUGUAAUAGUAGGGAUUAUAGCCACUGUGUUGGGCAUUUAUUGCUACAAGAACAGAGGCAAAAAUUCAAGAGGGGGCAGCGUUCCUGUGCAAAUAGGUGUGAAUGGGCAGCCACUACCUGAAUCUGUGCCCUUGGCGAUCAUCGCUCCAGGUCUCCCCUCGUACAAUGAGGCUCUGGCCCAUGGUGGCCAGCAUGAUGCACCUCCACCGCCGUACUCUGGGGAAAGUGCAUCUGCGCCACCUCAAACUCCAGAUGAGGAAUGACAAAGUCAUGAUGUUGUUGGUUUUUUAAAUGGGGGGGAAGGGUGAUGCAUGGAUUUACUGGUGAAAAUGUGUAGCUUCAGUCACUAAGUGGGGUAUUUAUUACACUUAGGCUACAUGUUCCGCAGUUAACCCUAUUUUAUUCUUUAGAAUUAUUUUGCUACUGUCAUCAUGGAACAAAGUUUCAGGGUGAAAUGUGAAUACUGUCAAUAUUUUCUCAGGCCAGGCUUGUUAGUGUCUUUUUAAAGAGUUGUAUUAAAUGUACUGCAAUUUUCAUUAUUGAUAAAAAAUAAAACGUAUACAAAACUUGAA